UUAUAAAUCAAAGAAAUAGAGAUUAGAUGUAGGAAUUUAGAAAAACAAAAGGAAUAGCUGAUUUUGAUUUUGAUUUUGAUUUGGGACGGAAUCGUAACUUGCAAUUUGCGAUUCAAUCCGUUCACGAACCCGAUCAACGAAUUGAUUUCCCCAUUUCGAGGGUUUCCAUCUUCUCUACUUCAAUUUCAAUGUCCAACAAUUCGCACAGAGGAGGUUCUUUCUACGGCGAUGCUGCCCCGUAUCGUUCCAGAGAGGGGCUUAGCACCAGACCCGUUGCUGCCUCCGAUGAAAUUCAAUUGCGUAUCGAUCCCGUCAAUGACUUGGACGACGAAAUCUCCGGUCUUCGUGGCCAAGUUAGAAAAUUGAAAAAUGUUGCUGAAGAGAUAGGUACUGAAGUCAAGUAUCAGAGAGAUUUUCUGGAACAGCUGCAAAUGACAAUGAUAAAAGCUCAAGCUGGGGUGAAGAAUAAUUUAAGAAGAUUGAACAAGAGCAUCAUCCAAAGUGGUUCGAAUCAUAUUGUUCAUGUAGUUGUUUUUGCAUUAGUCUGUUUCUUUGUAGUGUAUAUCUGGUCAAAGAUGUCCAGAAAAUGAGCGCUUGUAGCUGACAGACUUUGCUUAAGGCCUUCUUCAGAUUACUCGCUAUGAUGCCUAAUUUUGUUGUAUAGAAAAGCUCAACUAUCCCUUGCAGUUUAUAGUUAAAAAAUCUUCAGACUUCCGAGUAUUUCUUGGUCGAAGCAGUAGUUUUGUGUGAU